AAUUAAUCAUUUAUAAAAUAAAUAAAAAAAAGCUUGUAAACAAAUUCAAUGGACACCAUUAAUACACAAUAUAAACUCUCUUUCAUUAUCCUUUACAGCAAAGAAAAACCAUACCCACCUUUACAAUCAAACAAACCCCUUUUAAUCCUUUAACCUUUUUUUUAAUUAAAAAAAAACCCAUCUAAAUGAACAACAAAGAACAGUGAAAAUCCGAAGAAGAAGAAGAGGAAGUAGUGAUGGAAUCGAAGCCUUUACGUUUCCUUACUCAACAAUCUUUAUUUGUAGCCGUUCGAUCUGGUGAACUUGAAGCGGUGAAGCAGAUAUUAGAUAAGUUGAAGAAAGAUGAAGCGUGUGAUGGAUCAUCAACGUUGUAUGAUCUGAUGGCUGCUCAAAGUGAAUCAGGGGCUACUGCUUUAUAUAUUGCAGCUGAGCAUAAUUUCAUUGAGGUUUUUGAUUAUUUGAUCAAAUUUUGUGAUGUGGAGAUUGUUAAGAUCAGGUCUAAGUCUGAUAUGAACACUUUUCAUGUUGCUGCUAAACUUGGACAUUUGGGCAUAGUGAAGGAACUUUUGCGGUUAUGGCCAGAACUUUGUGGGAUAUGCGACUCUACGAAUACGAGCCCCCUUUAUUCUGCAGCUGUUAAAGGUCAUUUAGAUGUGGUAAAUGCGAUACUGAAUGCCGAUGCCAGUUGCAUACGGAUAGUGCGUAAAAACGGAAAGACAGCCUUACAUACAGCUGUGAGGUAUGGCCUUAUCGAUAUCGUAAAAGCUCUUAUCGAUUGCGAUCAAGGAAUUGUUAGCAUCAAAGAUAAGAAAGGCCAAACUGCACUCCAUAUGGCUGUCAAGGGUCAAUGUCCGGCGGUAGUUGAUGAAUUAUUGUUCGCCAAUCACUCCAUUCUGAACGAACGUGACAAAAAGGGGAAUACGGCAUUGCACAUUGCUACGAGGAAAUCCCGCGCGCAGAUUGUGAGCUUGUUGCUAACUUAUAGAUCUACUGAUGUCAACGCCAUAAAUAAUCAACACGAAACCGCGAUGGAUUUGGCUGAUAAACUCCAGUACGGUGAAUCCGCGUUUGAAAUUAAAGAAGCUCUAACGGAGGCCGGUGCUAAACAUGCUAGGUACGUUGGUCAAGUAGAUGAAGCAAUGGAACUUAAGAGGACAGUGAGUGAUAUUAAGCACGAAGUUCACUCGCAGUUUAUACAAAACGAAAAAACGAACCGAAGAGUUACGGGAAUUGCCAAAGAACUACGGAAACUUCACAGAGAAGCAGUCCAAAACACCACGAAUUCCAUCACUGUCGUCGCUGUUCUCUUCGCGUCAAUAGCUUUCUUAGCAAUCUUCAACUUGCCCGGUCAAUACGUAAGUGAUGAUCCGGAUAGUGGGAAAGCUAAUAUAGCCGAUAACGUUGGUUUUCGGGUUUUUUGCCUCUUGAAUGCUACAUCCCUCUUCAUAUCGCUCGCCGUUGUCGUAGUGCAGAUCACAUUGGUCGCAUGGGACACAACGGCACAAAAACAGGUUGUAUCGGUAGUUAACAAGUUGAUGUGGGCCGCUUCUGGUUGCACAUGCGGAGCGUUUUUAUCGAUAGCUUUCGUGGUUGUCGGAAAAGGUAGUUCAUGGAUGGCUGUUACAAUAACCAUCGUUGGAGCACCAAUCCUAGUCGGGACACUUGCUAGUAUGUGUUACUUUGUUUUCCGGCAAAGGUUUGGGACUUUCCGGAGCGAUUCUCAAAGACGAAUAAAACGAGCAACCGGGAGUAAGUCUUUUUCAUGGUCAUAUUCUGCAAAUAUAUCAGAUGAUAAUGAUUAUAACUCUGAUCUUGAGAAGAUAUAUGCUUUAUAAAACACUAUUGUAUGCCUGUAAAAAGCAUGGGACAGCUAAUACGAGACAACCCGGAGUAGCUGAAGAAUCGCCCUUUCCGUGAAAUGGCCGUUCGGCGGACCAAACGACCGGGUUAGUUUUGAGGAUCAAAUAAGGGGUCGAGGGGGAAUAGAAUAGCCAUUCUAUCGAACCAAAUAUGAUGUAAAUGGCAUAUGAUACCGGAAAUGUCACCCGAUACUCGGGUACCGGUUAAGUACAUAUUUGUAUUAUUAUUAAUAUUAUCAUUACUACUCUUUUGUGAAAUAAUAAUUACAUAAUCUUGAAUUUAA